CCCCUCUUCUUCUUCUUCAUCCUCAUCCUCUUCUUCUUCAUCCUCAUCCUCUUCUUCUUCUUCUUCUUCUUCCUUCCUCAUCCUCUUCUUUUUCAUCCUCUUCUUCCUCUCUCUCUUCUUCUUCAUCCUCUUCUUCAUCCUCUUCCUCUUCUUCUUUUCUUCUUCCUCUUCUUCUUUUUGUCUUCCUCUUGCAGGUCGCUGCUCAUGCGCAGAUUUUUUCCACUAUUGCCGCGCGGGUGCUGUAUGGCCUCCCAUUGCUGCUGCCUCCACCGCCACACUGUGGCUCCACACUCUGGUUUUGGCCCCGUGACUGCCCAAAUGAGUGAAGUGUGCGGUGAUUCUAAGAUCGACGGCACUCAUCUGCAUGUCAUACUGACUGUCAGUAUUAUUUCUCUUCCCCAGCAGACUCCAAGGGCAUUUAAAUUAAAGGUACAGUGUUCUGCACUAAUAUAA